AUGUCCGAAGCCACCACCUCCGCCGCCACCUCCCCCACGCCCAAAGUUCCCAAGCGCGCUCAGAUCGCAUGCACAUAUUGUCGCCGUCGAAAACUCAAGUGCAUCUCACCUGGGGACGAGUCACCAUGUGAUCGAUGCAAGGCUAGCGGCAAAGAUUGCCACUACGAGCCAGUCAAUCCACCACCGGCUGGCGACGCUCUCCCGACCUUCAACAUCAGCCCUAACCCGUAUCCGGCUUCACCCAGUUACACCACCUCCCAAGGUGACACUCCUUGGAACCCGCCCAUCCUAAAUCCCGGCUACUCUCAAGGCCAGGUUUCUGGGUUUCCUCCUUCGACCGGUGGUUAUCAAGGACCGUACCCUGGCCAUUACCCUCCCCCCAACCCUACCCCCUCUCAUGUUGGCCAACCGCCGAUGUUCCCACCGCCGCAAAGCCUGUAUCCACAAGGACGCUACCCUCCUCCGAACCCCCAUGCCCAACACUGGACUGAGAAUCCUGCCCAGUCCAAUUCGGGCGCUAAUAGCGCGCAAGGCUUCUAUGGGCAGGUCCCGUACUCUUCUACCUCCCACGGCGAUUAUCCUGGCUCCGGAGGGGCUAUGCCUAUGGACUACCCUUACUACUCGCAGUCGAAUUACCAUGAUAAGGAUUACGGCCACUCAGGCGGUAGAUAG